AUGGCAGAAACAGAGAGCAACGACGAGGAGCAGUUCGAGUGCCAGGUGCAGGUGGGGGUCCCCAAGGAGGAGGAGGACGCGGGCCUGGUGGCCGAGGCCAAGGCCGUGGCUGCCGGCUGGAUGCUCGAUUUCCUCUGCCUCUCUCUUUGCCGAACUUUCCGCCACUGCGGCUCCGAGGACUUCCGGCGGACCCGCAACAGCGCAGAGGCUAUUAUUCAUGGACUAUCCAGUCUAACAGCUUACCAGUUGAGAACAAUAUACAUAUGUCAGUUUUUGACAAGAAUUGCAGCAGGAAAAACCCUUGAUGCACAGUUUGAAAAUGAUGAACGAAUUACACCCUUGGAAUCAGCUCUGAUGAUUUGGGGUUCAAUUGAAAAGGAACAUGACCAACUUCACGAAGAAAUACAGAAUUUAAUUAAAAUUCAGGCUCUAGCUGUUUGUAGGGAAAAUGGCAACUUUAAAGAAGCAGAUGUCUUUGAAAGAAUAUUUGGUGAUCCAAAUUCUCAUAUGCCUCUCAAAAGCAAAUUGCUUGUGAUAAUCUGUCAGAAAGAUACAUUUCAUUACUUUUUUCAACACUUCAGCUACAACCACAUGAUGGAGAAAAUUAAGAGUUAUGUGAGUUAUGUGCUAAGUGAAAAAUCAUCAACCUUUCUAAUGAAGGCAGCAGCAAAAGUCGUAGAAAGUAAAAGAACAAGAACAAUAACUUCUCAAGACAAACCUAAUGGUAAUGAUGUUGAAAUGGAAACUGAAGCUAAUUUGGAUACAAGAAAAAGGUCUCACAAGAAUCUUUUCUUAUCUAAGUUGCAACAUGGAACCCAGCAACAAGACCUUAAUAAGAAAGAAAGAAGAGUAGGAACUCUUCAAAGUACAAAAAUAGAAAAAAGAAAGCAGAAGAGCCACUGAAAGCAGAAUACCUGUUUCAAAGAGUCAACCAGUAACUCCUGAAAAACAUCGAGCUAGAAAAAGACAGGCAUGGCUUUGGGAAGAAGACAAGAAUUUGAGAUCUGGUGUGAGGAAAUAUG